AAUUGCGCAUCUUUGGUAGAGGUCCCCAACCUGCCGGCAUCUGUCAAGGAAUUAAGUAUUGAGGAGUGCGAUAAUAUCAAGUCCAUCAUAUUCAGUCUGCAGGAGGAUACGAGGUUGGUGAGUGGAGAAGGUGUUGCACAGCAGGACACGUCAUCAUUAAUUCCAGGGUCCAGCAGUAGUGAGGCCACGGCAUCUACAGCUGUACUGAACCUGUCAUCAGCAGCCAACCAUUGCUUCCUUCCAUGCCUAGAAUCUCUAGAAAUACGGUCGUGUGAUGGUUUGUCAGAGUUUGCCAAUCUUCCUCCGUCUAUCAAGACCUUGGACAUUAAGAACUGCGGCAAUCUUCAAUCCCUGUCAGGACAGCUAGGUGCCGUCCAAAAAAUUAGUAUUAGCUCAUGCAGUCGGUUGGAAUCACUGGAAUCUUGCUUAGGAGAGCUCCGGUCGCUGGAAGAGCUCGACCUUUUUCGUUGCCAAAGCCUGGUAUCCUUACCGGAUGGGCCUCAAGCAUACUCAUCUCUUAGACAUCUUUUUAUUCGACGUUGUGAUGGUAUAAAGUUUCUCCCGCGGAGCCUACAGAGCCGUUUGGAUGGCCUCGAGUUGAAAAUUCUAGAUGCUGGUUACAAAGAACCAAAGACCUGGAAAUGUGCAAUGAGGAGCCUGGUGUGCUUGAAAUAGCAGAUUGAGGACCUGAUGAAAGUUCUGACCAAAGUUUGUAAUAUCAGUGCUCUUGAUGAUUGCUUUCAAAGAUUCUAGCUCCUAAUAUAUGCUAACUCCCCGAUGAUGUGUGACUUCCUUGUAGGAUCGUAUUACCAGACCUGCAAAUGAUGGAUUAUAUGUUGUAACCAUGGUAGAAUGUCUAUAACAUGCACUUUCUGAAGAUAAUCUCCAGUGAACUCAAGCGAAGUCCAAGAUUUUAAGAAGAAAACAAAUCCCAGAUCGAAAGCUGAAGAAUCUAGCAUAUAGAGCUCCAUGCUCUAGUCCUAUAUUUAUCCUUCUUCAAGCCGAUGUUCUUGAAUUUGAGCAGAAGACAAGUCCCAGACUGCAAGCUGAAGAACUUGUAGCAUUUGGAGCUCCAUGCUCCAGCUUUUUAUCCUUUUUUUUUCUUUUGAACUAUGAUGUGUUUGAGUUUGUUCUGCUCCAGCACCAGCGAAACAGAGCUUAGCGCUUGAUGUGUUUUUCUACAUGACAGCAGAGGAUACUUACCAUAGAAUUUAUCUACA